UGAACAAGAAAAAGCUGAGCAAAAGCACUCUUGGCAAAGUGUGAAGAUAGAAGGAAGGAAUAUUGCUUACACAAUGUUCACCUCCGGGAUGACGGGAAAGCCGAAGGGGGCUAUCAUCGAGCAUUUGUGCAUCGCAACAUUGCGGUGCAUGCAGCCUCGCAUGUUCAUGAACUCCAACUCUUGCGUGUUGCAAUUCUCCUCGCACGACUGGGAUGUCGCCGUGAUUGAAACCCUACUCACCUUAAGGGUAGGAGGAUGUAUCUGCAUUCCUUCAGACGAGGAACGCAUUAGCAACCUUGCGCAAGCAACAAAUCAAAUGACGGUGAACUGCGCGGUUUUGACGCCAACCGUCGCCCAGCUGGUACGUCCAGAGGAUUUCACCCACUUAGAAACACUGGUAGUUGGUGGUGAGGCUCUCUCCCUCGCGGACCUGGCUACCUGGCACGAUAGAGUGCGCUUCAUCCAAAGCUAUGGUCCGGCUGAAUGCAGCAUAGCCAGCGCUGUGUCCGAGCCACUGACACUAUCAAGUAACCCAAGGACCAUCGGACAGCCUUGUGGGUGCGUGGCAUGGACAGUGCAUCGUGACAACCAUCAUCUCCUGGGAACAAUCCAGAAGCAACUGCUGCGGUCUUUGUUGAGCCUUCGUCCUGGCUGUCGGAUUUCCGACAAGGGGAUAUACCCACGAGGUUGUAUAAAACUGGAGAUCUAGUUUGACGCACGCAAGACGGCACCCUUACUUUUGUCGGGCGCAAGGACAACUAAGUCAAAAUACUGGAGUAGCGGGUUGAAAUAGGGGAAGUGGAGCUUUUAACGUCGCGAGCUUCCCCUAGGAGCCACG